CCUCGAUUCCUCCUCCUCCUCUGAUACCCAUAAUUGACACUCGUUUCAAACGCUUGGAUACUCAAUCUUGACGUAACUUAUAUACCUGUAGCUUCCUGCACGACUUUACGACUCUGGAAAUCUGUCGCCAGUACUUCUAAUUACAACCGACGAUGGCACAACCACUAUUCAACGAGCAUCCUCUUCAGGAGUACUUUCAAGAGACAGGCGAAGACUCAGAACCUAUGCCCGGAAGCGACGCACAGUUCAUCGUAGAGGCGGGUCCCAGGGACCCGCUUCCUCAGGAAUCGGUAGCUGCUCAGCUCGUCACGAAAGCCCUGCAGCGCGUACACGACGUCUACAACUCGCUGUCUACGCACCGACCGAGCUCAUCAAAUACGUUUGCGGAACGCUUCAAAUACGACGUCAUAUCAUCGUCGCUCCUGUCGAUAUCACUAGCUGCUUCGCCGAAUCCGGCUCGUCGGACAUUCAAGCCAGAGAUACCUGGUCGUCUGCGUGGUUCCGCAGGAGGCCAUUCAAGAGCUUCGAGCACGACUGAAGAUGACGAAGCUUUGUCACAUCAUUACAAAACGGUUGAAGAGUCAACGAACGUACGGGGCACGAUAACCGUCGUCUCAGUGGCCGUCGUCGCUUUAGCAGCAGGCUACGAGUUUCUCGGGCUCUUGAUGCUUGCGAGCGUCCUUUACUUCGCAAAAGCGGUACGGCCAAUACAGGACGUUGCGGAUGCACAUGCGUUGACAUUAGAUGCACUAAAUGAGCUCAUCUCAGCGGGAAAUGUGUGGGACUCGUCAGUUAACGAAGUCAUGAGCAUUAUUGAGAAAGAAGAGCGCAGUCCAUCUUCGGGUAACUUCUACGGACCUGCAAGUCCGUUGUUUAGCCUCCGCAUCGCUCUGCAGACCUCGCUGCAUACUACGCAGAGCCAAUGCGACAAUGUCCGUCAGCUAUUGUCAGCCCUCACUUCGCCACCACAGCUCGCGCAGCUUUCUGAAAUGUAUGCGCCUGCAUCCCCUGUUAAGCCCUCUUUCUUCACUGCCGAGCAACCACGUCCGCUCUCGGACCCAAUAGCGGCCUGGAGACGGCGAACAUUGUCAACGCCUGCAAAGCAAGCUGCGAUAAACAAGCGUGCAACGUGGAGUCCCUCCCGAAGCUCCCUAGCAGCUGCUGCGGAAUUGAACGGGAAAGGACGAGCGGAGAAGCGGAGAUCUGACGCGGGAUCCGUCUUCUUAGCACCCGGCGUGCCAUCCUCGAGCAUGAGCGCCCCAGCCACCCCGCUAUCACAACGGAUGCUCGAGCAUGUCGAAGAGGAAGAGCAGCGCGACUCAGACCCCGAUUUGGCUUAUACCAAAGAAGAAGACGUCUUCGGUGUUGCAGCAUUAAAUAUGCAGCGGAGACGCAGGAUGCCUGGUAUGGAGACAUUCAGUCCUCCGCCGCCAAGCUACUCCAGCACAAUCCGCCCGCUGUUUGACCACCAUUCGCUUGGUCAUAGUCCGCAUAACUCUAUUUCGAGUGUCUCUUCUCCCUCGCGAUUCACGCUUCUUCAGACCAAUCGCCACCCACUAUCUUUGUCGUCACUGCACCUUGCUCUCCACGGUGCGCUCGGAGCGAAGCGUUAUGCCUGUGCUCACCUGCUCGCUCUCCGUUUCGAGGAAGACGCGGACGAUGAAACGUAUUGGGAAGACGUGCGCUCUGUUAUGGCACUCCUGACGAGUACCUGCCAAGAUGCAUCAGCCAGUUUGCUAUCGGCGCUUGACGAAGCGGAGAAGAAACGCAUGAAGGAUGAGCGUCCAAGCACCGAGUCACUGCUGGGCAGCUCGCGCGAGAGCAGUCUGUCACCGGAAGCUCCUAGCAAGCAAUCAGUAUCGCGAUCUGCCAAGAUAAUGGCUGAAAUGAUUUCCUUCGCACCUAUACCAAGUCAUCUCACCAGGUUUGCGACGCAUGUCGACGCGGUAUCGUCAGCACUGAACGACGCGAGGGAGCACUUAGAGCAGUGCGUGGUCUCCAUACGUGAAGACAAGCACCCGGAUACAUCGUUACAACCCGCCGGCGUUAAUUACUCGCUCGAUCCUUUCAGCGCUGAAGGCAACAGCGAGAAUCCCGCCCUACAGGCGUACGACAGGUUGCGCAAAGAACUUGGGUAUGCUCUGCGGGAAUGCGAGCGCGGACGGGAACAGCUUCUAGCUAUUCUGGUGCCUGCCAAGCCUGAGCCGGAGACCGACGAAGAAGACGAGUUCGCCGACGCACUUCCACCUCUCGCGCACGAUCUCAGUAGCGAAGACUCGACCAGCCCCGACUCUGCGUUCUCGGAACGGAACAGCACCUUCGAGAUCGCGGCACCCGACCUCGAACGCACGCCGCAACCGCUAGACGAUGCAACUGAGCGCCUGUUAAUGGACGCUUCGUCGCAACACCUGCCGCCAUCGGGUAUCGAGCAAGUCUUUGAGGCGGACACGGGCGCCUCGUCUGGCUUCACACGCGAACGCUCAAAGCUGUCGCGUGAAGAGCGCAUCCAACUUGCCAAGGCGCGUAGGGAGAGCGGGUUAGCUGGGCUUGCUGUGUACGUUCCGCAGGUCGAGGUGAAGCCCCAGCGCGAGCAGUGGGGCCCUGGCGGAGAGGUUGUACAGGAACUGAAGGACGUCAUCUGGAAGGUCGGUGAGAAGCGGCGGAAAAUGAGCGAACGCGCAGGUAGCCUUGGUGCAGUGCAAUACCCGCCCAGUCUACCUAUUGAUGCGUGCAAGUCGAGGCAUGAUGUGGGCGGCGUUGAUGCUAUGUCGUCGCCAGCUGCAAGUGUUGAGAGCGUGUCAUGAUACGCGUGUCAUAGUUUGGGUCUUUGGGUUCCAUAAGCUACCUUAUGGCUAAUAUUUCGCCUUUCUCAUCACAUAUAUAUUGUUGCGUCUGCACUCUUCCCAUGACAUGAGCACUAAGUCUCUACCUACAUUUUAUAUACAUUUUGUCUCUCUCUCGCUAGAUACUAAAGACUUAUUGCUUAUGCCAUGUACCCACCUCCAGGGGAGCGAGCUCCACUCGGUAGGUGCGUAUGAUGUAAGUGCGCCUUUAGCCUUCGCAUAUCUACUC